AUGUAUGCUGAUCCAAACUUUGUGCGCACUUUUUUGACCACGUACCGAUCCUUCUGCAAGCCUCAGGAGCUUCUGACACUCCUGAUUGACAGAAUCGAAAUCCCAGAGCCGGAGCCCACGGAGGAGGACCGGCAGGCCCUGUGGAACGGCGACCAGCCUAUGGCGGCUGAGCUGCAGAGGUUCCGCAAGGAAUAUGUGCAGCCGGUCCAGCUCAGGGUUCUCAAUGUUUUCCGGCAGUGGGUGGAGCAUCAUUUCUACGACUUUGAAAACGACCCUGAGCUGAGGACUCGCUUGGAGGAAUACAUCACGAGCAAAAUCCAACUGCGAGGUCAGGAUCCCUGCUUUGAAGGAGACGUCAUAAGACAAGCCGUGCGGCCGUCCGAGCUGGUGGGAAGCGUGUGGACCAAAGAGGACAAAGAGAAGAACUCGCCCAACUUGCUCCGGAUGAUCCGACACACCACCAACCUCACGCUGUGGUUUGAGAAGUGCAUCGUGGAGACCAUGAACCUGGAGGAGCGCGUGGCGGUGUGGACGCGCGUCAUCGAGAUUCUGCAGGUCUUUCAGGAGCUCAACAACUUCAACGGCGUGCUGGAGGUGGUCAGCGCCAUCAACUCUGUGCCCGUCUACCGCCUGGACCACACCUACGAGGUCAGCAAGACCGACGACGCAUGCCGGAUUUGCUCAAAAAGCUUAUUUCCAGAAAUGCUCGACCCUCCUCGAAUUGAGUUUGACCAAAUUUCCUCAAAUAACUAUUUCCAGAUAAUUAUUUCACCUAAGCACUUAUUGUGGUCCAGUGUAGGACUUGAAUGAGUUCAAGCGACAAAA